AAAAGCCAUCCAUUGACAAGGAAAAUCGCACUCUCGAGCAAAUCUGUUGCUCUUUUCCGUCUACUCCGAAACCGAGAUCUAGCGACGUUGGCGGAUCAAUCUCCAACAGGAACUGCUCAGCAUUGAGAUCGGAUAGAAGAAUCGCAGGCUAAGCGGUGGGAUGCUAUAGCGAUAGGAUAUUCGUUGUCAUCCUCGGCCGGAUCUGAUGGCGGCAUCUUCUCCGGCGAAGAUCUUCGAAUACUUCGUGGUGUGCGGGAUCGGGCCGGAGAUCGCGACCCUGGAGGGGAACAAGGGGUUCCAGGGAAUGGAGGUCAUGUACAUGCCUUCCCUCCUCGACCAGUACCCUCCUUCCAACCAGUCUCUCUAUCCUCCCCCUCCGCCGCAGCUGCCGACCUGUGUUCUACCUGCAGGGGUGGAGUUCUAUACUUCAGGGUUUAACUCUGAUGAUGUUGCAACUUAUCCUCGGAGUUAUCCAAUUGUUUUAACAGAGGGGGAUGGGUCCAAAAUUUAUGUUGCAUGCAUUGCAUUCCGUGAUCUGGUCUGCGAUGAUAUUAUUGAAGCAUAUAAGAUACCUGCAAAUUCAUUUGCCGACAAAUGCAUAUGUCUUGUAUCUCGCUCUCCCAGUUUUCAGGUUCUCAAGGAUGCAUUGGAGGAGCUGUUCAUUCUCUGCUUUUCUCCUGCUGGCUGCAGCAAGCCAUUAUGGGAUGUAAUAGCUGAUAUGGUAUCUAAUGUUCCUUUACCUACACCGGGAAAAGAUCGAGUUUUAUUUGCUAUUGAAAAUUGUCUUCUUUGUGCGGAAACACCACCAAAGGAAGGGCUUCCUCAUGCAGAUAUUUCAUUUCAACCCUUGGUACAGUGCCUUGAUGUGGAUAACCUGAUUCAAUUUUUUACCGCUGUGCUUCUUGAAAGAAGAAUAUUACUCCGAGCAAAUAAGUAAUAAUCAUACUUGGUUUUCCUUACUAUGU